AAAAAGAGAAAAGAGGUUCAUGAGGAACGUGUACACAAAAAGAAAAAGGUGAAAAGUAGUACGAGCCAGACUGUCAUUAAAAUUGAGAAAGAUGUUCAAACUGUCAUUAAAACUGAGGAUGAUGACCAGCUGGAGACAAAAACAAAAGUAAUGAAAAAGGAAAAUUUAAAAGAAGAUGAAUAUUUAGACCAAUUAGAACUGAAGAAUAAUAAGAAGAAAAACAAGAAAAAGAAAGUUGGCUCUGAAUUGCUGAAAGAAGCACAUUCAGAAAGCUUUGUGAAUGUAGAAGGCCAUCUGGAUUCAGAACUUCAAGAAGAAUCAGAGGAACAAAUUAAAAUUCUCAAAAAGAAGAAAAAACAAGUCCAAUGUCAUUCCUCCUUAUCAUUGGAGAAUAAACAGAGUAGUGAUGUGGAGCUUUCACAUCAUCAUACAGAUGGUAUUAAGGAAAAUGAAUUUGCUUUUAAAAAAAGCAGAAAGAAUACUGCUUCGAAUUUGGAAUUGGAUGGUGAAGUAACUAAGAAAAAAAAGAAGAAACACAUUUUUUCUUUUUCAUUAGAGGACAUCCAGGACAGUGAACAUAAACAGUCUGAAAAAGUUUGUAAAAAACCACACAAAUACAUUUCACAAGAAAAAGCUUUUAUGGGCGAAAACCACGGAACAGAUAUUAUGCAGAACAGUGGGGAGAGUUAUGUGAGAAAAAAGAAGAGGAAGAAGAAGAAAGAUAAGUCAGACUCCUUUUUACCACUAGCAGAUAAUCAGGACAACAUCUAUGGAGUUCCCGAUAGCCCUGUUGCAUUAAGUGACUUCAGAAGAGGGCAGAGAAAGAAUUCCCAGGAAAUUACAUUGAGAAAUAGAGAGGAAGAGGACACUACUGAGAACUCUGGAAGGAUCAGAGAGACUGAGAGGAAGAAGAAGAGAACCAAAGAUGUUUCUUCCUUAACAUGUGAAGAUAAUCAAGACUACAGUCACAGUGUUCCUGAUAAGCAUCUCCCAGCACAGCAAGAAGUUGAAAAAAGGAAGAAAAGAAAAAAAGAAGUACCAGAGGACUGUGCUGAAGAACCAGGUUCAAAAGCCAAUACAAAAAAGAAAAAGAUGAAAAGAGAAGACAAGGGAAAUGAGGCACUGGAAUGUGUGGAUGAUUUAACUAUUGUGCAGGAAAAAAAAGGAAACUGUGAUGAAGUUAACAUAGACAAGGUGAGGCGGCAGGCUCUGCAAGAAGAAAUUGAUAGAGAAUCUGGCAAAACUAAGGUUUUCAGUCCCAAAGUGGAACGGGAUACAAAGUUCGGCCAGUGGAGUACAGCUGCUUUUCAAAGUUCUGAGGAAAAAAUGAAGUUUUUUAGACUGAUGGGUGGCUUUAAAAAGGGCUCUGUGCCUAUCCAAAAUCUCUCAGCAACUACAAACAAACCAAACAUGGCUCUGAACAGGGAAGGGCAGGAGAAGUUACAGCAGGCUCUGAAGAUGGAAUUUGAUAAAGCAAUGGACUUGAAGCAACGUAGAGGAAUUGGUCUUGGAUUUCAACCUGCUGCCAACAAAAAAGUAUACAUAGACAAAUAUACAUCCAGAUCUAUAAAAUUUGAAGAUUAA